UUAGUUUUCCUUGUGGAAAAAUAUCCUCAUAUAUUGAGAUGGCAUUUGCACCUCCCAAAAACUUAGAUGGUCCCAAAAUGCAGACAAAAAUGAGUAGCUGGACACCCCUAAACCAUCAGCUUUUGAAUGAAAAGAUAUUUGAAGAAAGAAGAAUCCUGCUUGGAAAAUGGUUUGACAAGUGGACAGAUGCUCAGAGGAGAAGAAUCUUGACAGGCUUGUUUGAGCAAUGCUCUCUGUCCCAGCAAAAGUUCUGCAGUCGACAACUGCAGGAAAGAAUUCCAGCAGAAGCAGUGGAUUUCACGACCAAGCUCCCCAGGGUGUUGUCUUUGUACAUCUUUUCUUUCCUAGACCCCCGAAGUCUCUGUCGAUGUGCGCAGGUGAGCUGGCACUGGAAGAACCUGACUGAAUUGGAUCAGCUCUGGAUGCGCAAGUGUUUGCGUUUUAACUGGUGCAUCAAUUUCUCUCCAACCCCGUUUGAACAGGGGGUGUGGAAGAAACACUAUAUCGAGAUGGUGAAAGAACUUCAUAUUACUAAGCCCAAGACUCCACCAAAAAAUGGUUUUAUGGCUACUGACAUUCAGACAGCAUCAGGUGACCCUAGAGAGGGGAAGCAAUCCCCUUCAUCCGCCCUUCAUUCCUCCUGCUCGUUUAGGAAGAAGACUAAGGACCUCCCACCAUGGCGUUCUUCUGAUAAACAUCCCACUGACAUCAUUCGGUUCAAUUACCUAGACAACUGUGACCCCAUUGAACAAGCCUGGCAGGUAAAGAAGAAAGGAAACGAACAGGCCUCAGAUUUCAGCCGACAAUCACAUAACAAGAAAAAUAAAUUUCAAGACAGAUCCAGGCUGAGAAAAGCACAAUCACUGGUAUCAUUAGAGGCAGACUGCAGCUCUCCUCUGAAAGUGCCAACUCACCUCAACUGGGCUUCUCACGAAUCACUAAGAUGUACAAAAGCCAGAGCUCAAAUGGUCACACCUCACUUUCAGGAGCAUCAUAGAAUUCUAUACUCACCCAUUCAAGCUCCAGAGCUGAAACUGAAUUGAAGCAUUAGAGUGCUUUUACUGGCACCACAAGAAGAUCUGACUACAUUUAAUGAACACCUGGCUUUUACCCACCUGCGGUGAUGGAGACCUAUGUGGCUGAAGUGUCAUGUUUCCCCAAAAUAAUCCUUCGAAGUGUUCUGAACUCUGAUUUG